GACCUCCAACCGCCUAGAUGGGACCCGGAAGUGCACACCAAAGAACCGACUUUCCAGACUCCCACAGGAGGGCGAAGUCGCCAGCACUGUGGAGCGCAUGGAUCGGCCUGAGCUAUGACUGCCCAUCCUUUGUGUCGUGUUCUGAAGAAUUUUUAGAGAAGAUUUAGCCUUGGAGCAGCACCGGGGAUUGGACUCAGCCCAUGGAGAAGCUUCCUGAACAGAUGUCUCUGGAGUCCCUGUUUCCAUCCCCUGAGCAGAAGCCUCGAAAGAGCAAGGGCUUUCACUGCUAAUGGAAAUGCUGCAUUGGAAUUCCUCAGCACCGUCUUCCAGAAAGAUCCCUCUAAGCAGAGGACCUGCUUUUUCCAGUAUCACUGCAAAACAACUUCACUUGCUUCAAUGAGAAAACUGACACCCAGAAGACAGAAGUAACUUACCCAAGGUCACUCUGCUGGUAAUGGCCGAGUUGGAAUUCAAAUUGAGAGCUGGCGGAUUUCAGCUUGCUGCUCUAACCCGCACCCUGUUCUGCAGGCUGGCGAGCGAGGCCUGACUGAGAACAACCCCUGAAGCCAGAUUCCCCUAUCGGAGGGCCAGCAGUUACCAAGAGCCUGCAAAUUCCUGUCUCUUUUUUUGUCCCUGAAUUGUUUGCAUUGGCCUAACCUGGGCAUGGGGCGUCCAGUGAUGCUGACUUUAGAGGACAAGGACAUAAAGGGUUUCACAUGGGCCAUAGCCCCGGCCUUGACCUCACUGGGUUACCUGCUCAUACUGUUGGUUGCCAUCUUCCCCUUCUGGGUUCGCCUUGUGAAUGAAGAGUCCCGUGAAGUGUUUUUCAGUGGCCUAUUUGAGAACUGCUUUCAUAUCAAGUGCUGGAGGCCUCGACCCUUAUCCAUUUACAUCAUCCUUGGCCGAGUUUUCCUGCUGUCUGCCGUCGUCUUGUCUUUCCUCACCACCCUCAUCAUGGUGUCCUUUGCAUCUCAGCUCUUUCCAAGGACCCGGAAGCACAAUUUGGUGUCAGCCUUCUUCAGCUUCCUCACAGGGGCUUGUGCUCUCCUGGCCUUGUUGCUGCAUGCCCUGGAGAUCCAGAGUCUGACGAUGAAACCCAGCCCUCCCCAGUUCUCCGUGCAGUGGCCUUACUACGUCCUGGGCUUUGGCAUCUUUCUAUUCAUAGUGGCUGGUGCCAUCUGCCUCUUUCAAGAAACAGCCUGCCUUAGGUGCCAUUUAUUACCCAUUUCCCAGAAUACUGAGGAGACUGAAGAGAUCCCGCAUCUAGAGAAUCUGGAGAGUUUGGGAGGAGUACCGAGCUCAGUACAAAAGGAGACCCUGCUGAAGGAAGAGACAGUUAUCUAGUUCAGGAGAGUCUGUCCUCUACCCUUCAUCAAGCUGUGUGUUUUCAAUAAAAGAAGGACUACUCCCUGUUAAUCCAUUCCUCAAAAACCUGGCUGGAGGGCAGGAGGGGAGGGAGGAAUAUUAAAAAAUGAUCAAGUGAAGUGAACCUUCAUAAGACAAAAACUGAACAGAAUGUAACCACAACAGAAGGUGUUGUGUUAGUAAUAUUAAAAGAAAAGAUGAUAUCCCUAUA